AUGCAGAUUAAUAAUAUUGUUGGAUUUGAUUUGCCAAUGCCUGACUCAGCGAACACUACUGAUCCGAAUGCAUCAUUGUUAUCGAAGCCCGAGCAUUCGCAGAAUUCUAAACAAAAAUCGGACAAUCUUCUACAAUCAAUUGGCUUUCGUUCUAUGAUUAUUUUUCAAAUACUAGCAUAUGGAUCGUAUUCUAUAUUAAUAUUAGAAUUUUUAAAUUUAGGUACGUUGAAAAAUUCAUCGUAUGUUUCGAAAAAAGUCACAACAACAUCUAUUAUCAUGCCCGAAAUGUAUAUUCGUCCAUUGGGUGUACCCAUGAUUGCUGUUUACUGUAUAUUUAGCGGUCUUGCAGGAGUAUAUAAUGAAUGGAUUCUAAAAAAACACUAUACUGAAUCACUUCAUCUCCAAAAUAUUUUUCUCUAUACUUAUGGAACUCUUCUGAAUUUAUUUCCAGCUGUUGCUUCUGCAGUGGCUAAAUCCGGAAGUGGACAUAUAUUUAAUCCAUUCGAUGGUUUUUCAUUUUACACUUGGCUAAUUGUGUUAACACAAGCAUUGAAUGGUUUAUUUAUAAGUUUGCCCAAUGGUAUAAAAAUCCUGGUUACACCGCUGGUGUUUAUCGUUCAACGUAUUAUUGAUCAUCGUUUUCGAAAUGGUCGAAAAGAAUUUUUGAUAGCAUGGAAAGGUUAUCCUGAUGAACAAAAUACUUGGGAACCUCAACAAAAUUUAGAUUGUCCAGAUCUAAUAACGGAAUAUGAAGCGCAUUUAUUACAGCAAUCUCGUUAUAUGAAUCCUGAUACUGAUACAUCAUCUCUUUCACAACAAAAAAAAGUUGAAGAUGAAUGUCAAGACUUCACUAUACCACGUACAACAAAUCCUGGGAAUAAAUUAUCGGUAUUAGAUUCUGUUCUUCAACAUGUUACAUUAUUUUCUGGUGUUGAAAAUGCUCGACAAUGGUUCACAAAACUUGAUUCAAAAUUAUGUGAACUUCAUUUAUCUCUUAUUGAUCGACUUGAAAUUUUUCGAAAUCUUUUCACCUGUGGCGCAAUGAUUUGGUCUAGUAUAAACAAAGAUAAGUUUAAAUCUUAUACUGAUUUUUGUCGACUUUUUGCAUUUGCAUAUUUUAAAUUCGAACAAUUCUCCAAGCAUACCACGAUAGAACCACAAAAUAAAACUUCAUCAAUGCUUGCAUCUGCCAUAAUUAAUAAUGCAUUACUAGAUAUUUCUCCUGAUUGUUUGAUUAAUCCAUCUGCUUCAGCUGUUUGUUCUAAUAAAUCACAAGAAUCAACUGCUAAGGAUAUCUCUAAUUCUAUUUUAUCAACUACUAUUUGUAAAGCAUUGAUUGAUAAAUUCGUUAAAGAUCCACUUAAAUUUCAUGGUGGUAAAGACAAUAUUUAUCGAUGGAUUGAUGAAAUCGAUCAACAAUUCAAAACCAUGAAUUUAUGUGAUUCGUAUAAAUUAAAUCUAAUUCAUAUAUGUCUUAAAGGUGAAGCUUAUCAAUGGUUUCAACCACAACCAAUGCCAUUUACAUCAUGA